AUGGCUCAAGCUGGAAUGAAAAUUAGAAAAUGGUGCAGCAACGAAGCAGCCGUGAUGGUGGACGUCUCUCCUUUGGAUCGUGCUCAAGGAAGUAUAGAGAUACGAGACAAAACUUUGCCAACAAUCAAAACUCUGGGAGUUAUGUGGGAAGCUAGCAAUGACUUGUUAACUUUUCAAUACGCAGCACCACCUAUACCUGAUCAAUUAAAGAAGAGAGUCGUAACAAGUUUUGGCGCAGAUGGCUUCCAGAGUUUCUACCUGCUGUGA